CAGAGAUUCACAAUUAAACAGUCAAACGAAACUUCAGACACCGGAGGAAGCCGCCCCUGCUGCUUCCUAUUCCCUCUCUGUCCCUCUGUCUUUCCCAUCUCCACAGAAUUCCCUCUCUAAAUUAUCUCUUUCCUCUUUUCCUUUCACAUUCUUCAUAACCAGAGAGAGAGAGAGAGGGAGAGACUGUGAGAGAGAGAGAGAGAGAUGGGGCUGGAGAUUGCGGAGCCAAACACGUGCAUCAGAGGUUGCUGUACAAGCAAAUCGAUCCCUCUGCAUCUCCCACCUUCCUCGUAUGCUCUCCUAUCCCCAAUUGCCCGCGGGGCGGAGAGUGUUGUGUAUGCAGCAACUUUGUAUGGUAGAAAGGUUGCUGUGAAGAAACCCAUCUUGUCUACUUCUGAAGACAUUGACAAGUUCCAUAAAGAGCUCCAGUUGUUAUGUAUGCUAGAUCAUCCGGGAUUAGCAACACUGGUUGCAGCGCAUGCCAAGCCACCCAACUACAUGUUCUUCUUCGAAUUCUAUGAACAUCUGAAUCUCGCAGAGAAAGUACAUGCAGAAGAAUGGAGUCCUGGUAUCGAUCAAGUGCUCACGAUCACUGUCCGUUUAGCAAAGGCUUUGCAAUAUCUGCAUAACCUCGGGAUCGUACAUAGGGAUGUGAAACCAGCAAAUAUUCUUCUUGACAAAAACCUGUUUCCGCACCUAGCAGAUUUUGGUUUGGCAGAAUACCAAAAAGAUUUGAAAGGCGUUUCUGUUGAGAACUGGAGAUCAACUGGCAAGCCAACUGGUGGUUUUCACAAAAAAAAUAUGGUUGGGACGCUCAUAUAUAUGGCACCUGAAAUCUUAACGAAGAAGAUCCAUACAGAAAAAUCAGAUGUCUACAGUUUUGGCAUAUCAAUCAAUGAGCUUAUUACUGGCAUUGUCCCAUAUACUGAUCUUCGUGCAGAGGCACAGGCCCACACAGUGCUGGAGAUGAACUAUACUGAGCAGCAACUUACAGCAGCUGUGGUUUCUGGUGGAUUGAGACCAGUACUUGCUGGUCCAGAGUUGGGUGCUCCAUCAAGUCUCCUCUCACUGAUACAGAGGUGCUGGGAUGCAAAUCCUCAGAGUAGACCUUCUUUCAAUGACGUAGUUGUUGAACUUGAGUUGAUUUUAGAACACAGAAAGACAGCAAAGGAUAUGACACUGGGUGAAGCUGCUGGUUCUCAUGAUGAUCACCUAAUGGACAACAUCAACAGCCUCCGAACUUAUCAAGAGAGUAUCAACUGGUCCACACAGGGAGAACAUUUCUCCCGGAUAGCUUCUUGUGACACUGAAUCUGGUUUGAGAGUCUGGCUUGAUAAUUCAAAUGAUCCUCUGGCAUACUAUCCUGUACUUUCUUGGGGGUCCUUUGCUUCAUGUGGCCGAAGAGAAACCAUGGAGGAUACACAUUUUCUUAUGCCCCAUAUGUGCAACGAAAAGGAUAUCCAUGUUUUUGGCAUCUUUGAUGGCCAUAGAGGUGCAGCAGCUGCUGAGUUUUCUGCUCGAGCUUUGCCAGGAUUCUUGCAAAGUUUUGGUUCCACGAGCAGUCCUUCAAAAGCAUUAUUGGAAGCAUUCGUUAAGACAGAUGUUGCAUUUAGAGAUGAGCUAGAUUCUUAUCGUAAAUCCAAGAGAGGUACUCAGAAAGACUGGCAUCCUGGUUGCACUGCAGUUGCUGCUCUUAUAGUUAGAAGCAAGCUUUUUGUUGCUAAUGCUGGUGAUUGCCGGACAGUAUUAUGUCGGGCUGGUCACCCCAUUGUUCUAACCAAGGAUCAUGUUGCUAGCUGCUUUGAGGAGAGAGAGCGUGUUGUUAAUGCAGGAGGACAAGUCAAAUGGCAAGUUGAUACAUGGAGGGUUGGUCCUGCUGCUCUCCAGGUCACUCGCUCCAUCGGAGAUGAUGAUCUGAAGCCUGCUGUAACUGCAGAACCUGAGAUAACUGAAACAGAUCUGUCUGGAGAGGAUGAAUUCUUGGUAAUGGCUAGCGAUGGACUCUGGGAUGUUGUGAGCAACUCAGAUGUUAUAAACAUAAUUAGAGACACAGUCAAAGAGCCUGGAAUGUGCGCCAAGAGAUUGGCAACAGAGGCUGCAGAGCGAGGCAGCAAAGACAACAUCACUGUAAUUGUCGUCUUCCUGCGUCCUGUGUCUACUGCAGAGAGGAUCUACUAGGUGGGGGAGUCCCGAAUGACAUGGUAUGGUGUCAUUAAGAGGACCAAAUUACACAAAUCAAGAUUAUCAAGAAGCACUCUGCAUCCUAAUGUAAUUUAAAUAGCCCAAAAACCUUUUUCAGGAGGUCGAUCUCAGGCCACGCUGGGAACCCCAGAGAUGCAAGGAUUUCUACAAGAAACUCCCAACACUGAGCCGAGAUCUUGUCCGAAACUUUCUAAUAUUGUUGAGUUGGAUAUCAUGAACUUUCUCUUGCAAGUUUUGCAGCAAAAUGUUUUCCAAUUAGCAAGCCGUGGGUGGCCACCAAAACUUCCAUGCAAAAACAUGGGCUGCCACAAACAAUAAUAGUAAAUGAUGGCAGUUGGCACCACGUUCUAAUAGGAAUAUCAAUAGCAAUUACCUCCAAUUCAGCAGCUCUUCACAAAAUCAGCAGUGCGAAAUUCCCAGAUCAGGUGCUAAUUGACUUCUCUCAAGCUAUAUAUGAAGCCUUAAAUCAGAAAGUAAUUUCUUAGCAUUUUCGUUUAGGUUGCCAUUUAAUUUCUAGAAUACCAAUUACCAAGAAAUUAAACUCUUUUAUUAAAAGAACGUAUGACCUAUUUUUUGAGUUGUUAAAAGAAGUUUUGUACAGACAAGUUAGCAACGUUGCAACAAUGAUCCCCUUUUUCCUAUCCAAACGUGCCCUUAGCAAUAGUUCUAUGUAUAAAGGCGAGGUGCGUUUGUCCCAGUAGUGCUCACAUUCCUCUCCUAGUGAAACAAAUUUACGUUGAAAAUUGACAAAUAAAUAAAUAAAUAAAAGUCCAGGUGGAAGAAUAAGAAUAUAUCAAUCAAAUAGUUUUUAAAUAAUAAUAAAUAAUAGUAAAAUAAUUUUAAAAUAUCUAAGAUUUUGUUCUUGAACAGGCCUGAAAUAUUUUCUUUAUUUCAUCCGCUAUCGAUUCUUUUUUUUUUUCUUUAUUUAAUAAUUGAAAAAAUAUUUUUAACUAAAUUUGUGAAAUUUUUUUAAUAUUUAAAAUGAUACUUAAAAAAAAUACAAAAUAAAAACUUAAGAAAUAGUCGGGAGUCGUAGCAGCAUGUCCUAACCAAAGAAACAAAAAACAUUGUGCACGUGGCGAGUUUUUCGUAACCGCCCACGUUAAAUGCUCGCCCCCUAAAGAAGUGUAUUUUCUCUGGUGCAUUGAACUCUCUUACCAAAUGGCAAAGAACAGAAACACAGACCAGAAAACACCCUCAAGCACAGAAUUUUCCGAAACCCCAGAAUCUGGAAACGACGCACAGAUCUCCUCCAACUGCCAAGACCCUAAGAAGGAGGAUCGCCCAGAUACUCUCCGAGAACCCAAAAGGCGCAAGAACUGUCCCAGAUCUCUUGACAGCAUCCACGAAUCCUCAAACUUCAACUUCACUUUCGACACCAAAUUCGUCAACGGUUUUCCUCCUCAGUUCACUCCUAAAUUUGGGUCCUUCAAUUUGCUUUUUCUUACUGAAGGAAAGGAGCAGCAAGAACAGAAAGAAGCAGCAGAAGCUGAGGUCCUUGAAGGGUCCGAAGUUGUGGGUUGAUGGAAGUGAACAAACGACUUUUGGGUGUAGAUUAAUUAAUUAGUUCCUAGUUAAGCUGAUCUACCAUAUGGUUUUCUCUGUAUGAUUGGCUCCAAUGGCUCUGAAUGAAUGCCAUGGUGGUUGACGUUUUGGGAAUCAAACCAAAAGGCUCAAUAAUUAAUGGAAUCUGUUUUUUUUCUUUUUA